AUGACGGUCAAAGUCUUCUUCGAUGUCUCCUGGCAGGGACCUGUCCUUGAUUCCAACUCACGUCCAACGAAGGAAAUCAAAGAUCAAACUGGCCGUAUCAAUUUCAACCUCUACGACGAUGUCACCCCCAAGACCGCGGAGAACUUCCGUGCCCUUUGCACUGGCGAGAAGGGCUUUGGCUACAGUGGCUCCAAGUUCCACCGUGUCAUCCCCCAGUUCAUGCUUCAAGGCGGCGACUUCACCCGUGGCAAUGGCACUGGUGGCAAGUCUAUCUACGGCGAGAAGUUCACGGAUGAGAACUUCACUAAGAAGCACACCACUCCUGGUCUCUUGUCGAUGGCGAACGCUGGUCCCAACACCAACGGAUCUCAAUUUUUCAUCACCACCGUUGUCACCAGCUGGUUGGACAACAAGCACGUCGUCUUCGGCGAAGUCGCGGAUUCGGAAUCAAUGAAGAUUGUCAAGGCCAUCGAGUCUACUGGCAGCACGUCCGGCAAGAUCCAAUACACCAAGGACCCUGUCAUCACAAAGGCUGGUCAACAGUAA